GCUAAGCUGCGUUCUCGAAUUCGCAUAGCUGAUGGUCGAGCUAAACCAAUUGAUCUCUUGUCGAAAUAUAUUAGUGAUCAGGAUGAAGAAGCAUCAGACAUCGCUACCACAGACAUAGCGAGUGCAAUAGAUAUUCUGGAGCCAACCCAAUUCCUUCUUGGUCUUACUGUAGAAGACCUUGAGGAUCUCCUGGAGGAUAUCAAAAUAGUCUACAUGGAAUUAGAGAAGGGUCGCAAUGCUGACUAUUGGCGAGACAUAACCAUUGUUGCGGAGGAUGAGCUCCGGAAAUUGAGACAAGCAUCUGGCCUCAGUUCAUCUAACCGGAGUGAUGGCCGAACUUCUGCCACCAUUAGUCAGGCUGUGCUUCAGUCUGUAUCUCAAGCUUUAAAAGGCAAGAGCUAUAACCAAUUAGCGGCUCUUGAGCGUCAGAUCCAACCCAAACUGCUUGGUGGUGAAGGUGUUGAUGUCAGCUACUGGGAGACUUUAUCUCAAUAUGUUCGAGCCCAAAUGGCCCGUACACGGCUUCGGGAACUACAUCAAUAUAAUUUGCGCAGAAAGCUGGAAUGUUUGCGUCAAGCCCAGGGCGUACUUUCAAGGCCUAUAUUCCCUAGCGGAAAUUUAGACAUCUCACUUGUUGCAGAUUUGGCAAGUGGGGCGAAUGUAGAAGUUGAUCCCGGAGAUACAUACAACCAAGAUAGUAAAGACAAAGCAAGCUUACCUCUUACAACUGAUCAAGGCGGUGGCCAGUCAGAGUUUAGCCAUUUUCCCUUAAAGAAUGGGGAUUAG